UCCAGUCGCGGGGUCAGAAGAGCCCCUGGAUGGCCCUGGCCAGCUCCCUGCCCUUGCCCCUGCUCCUGCUGCUGCUGUCUCCACGCUUAAAGGCCACACCUCAAAGUAUACAUGUGAAGUUGCCUUCAGUGGUUCAUGGUCUCCUGGGGAAAGAUGUACAACUCCCAUGUCACCUGGUGCCUGGGGAAGUGGAAGUCCAGGUGUCCCAGGUGACAUGGCUACGCCAGAACCAGACAAGUGGCACCAUGAGCAUAGCUGUCUACCACCCAACCCAUGGUGCUGGUUUCCCCAGCACAGGACCUGGUAUGGAGCGCCUGGCAUUUGUCUCACAGAACCAGGGUCCAGGUUCAGAGUUCUUUAAUGCCACCCUUCUCAUUCGGGACCUGAGGGGUGAAGAUGAAGCCAAUUAUACCUGUGAAUUUGCCACCUUCCCUGGAGGGAAUGGCAAGGGCACCACAUUGCUUAGAGUGCUAGCUGAACCUAAGAGCCACGUAGAGCCCUAUGAAGUGGUCUCAGGCCCAGAUCCCGUGACCAUGGCCAGCUGUGUCUCCAGUGGGGGUCGCCCACCUGCUCGGAUCUCUUGGUCCUCUCCGCUGGCUGGACAGAGCCAUGAGACCAGGACUGAAGGGCCAGUGUCUGACACUUUCACCGUCACCAGUCACUUCACCAUGGUUCCAAUGGCCCAAGCCAAUGGGAAGAAAGCCAUCUGUAAGGUGGAGCACGAGACCCUCAGGGAGCCUGCCCUGCUCUCCGUCACCUUGGGUGUGAAAUAUCGCCCCAAGGUCUCCAUCUCAAGCCCGGAUGAUGACUGGUAUGUUGGACGAACAGAAGCAUCCUUGAAAUGCGAUGCCCAGAGCAACCCUGAGCCCACAGCCUAUAACUGGAGCACGGUCUCCGGCUCUCUCCCUUCAACAGCUGUAUCUCAAGGCGUCAAGCUCACCUUCCCCACUGUGGACUGGUCAGUCAAUACCACCUUCAUCUGCCAAGCCACUAACGCUCUGGGCACAGGAUGGGCUAACCGAACCCUCCACGUCAAAGAGUCUCCCGACACAGCGGGUGCUGGUGCCACGGGUGGCAUCAUUGGUGGCAUCAUUGCAGCAAUCAUUGCUCUGGCCGUGGCUGCCACUGCUAUCCUGAUCUGCCGGCAGCAGCGGAAAGAGGAAGAGCUCCGGGGAAGACCUGAAGAAGAGGAAGAUGAGCUUGAAGGCCCUCCUGCAUACAAGCCUCCACCUCCCAAGAUGAAAUUGGAGGAGCAGGAAAUGCCCUCUCAGCUCUUCACCCUAGGUAGCUCGGAGCACAUCCCUCUGAAGACCCCAUUUGUGGAGCAUAGUAUCUCGGCCCCUGAACAGGAAAUGCCCAGAUACCACGAGCUACCUACCCUGGAGGAGAGGGCAUCUGCCUUGCCCUUGCACCUGGAGGAGCCCAGCGAUGCUGCUGGAGAAGAGGGGCUGCCCCUGGAGGACAACGAAGACUACUUGGACAAAGUCAACCCCAUCUACGACACUUUGGCUUACAAUACUGCAGAGGCCUAUCAAGGAAAGGGCUUUGUCAUGUCUCGGGCCAUGUACGUGUGAGUUCAAUGGCCUCCAAAAACAGGAGCCUGGCUGCUGUCCCCCAGUACUCCCAGCCAGAGGGACCAUGCUAAAAAGGGACUGAACCUUAAUUUGGAGGCUGGAUGGGAGGGGUCCUGGGCCACCACGACCUCUGACCCCAAGUCUGGCCCAGGAGGAAGACUUGCUGCCAUGACUGUGACCACAAUGACCUCUGACCUGGCCUUGGGGCGGAAGCUUUCCACCCCUCUGACCUCUGGCUUAGGAACCCUCAUUGCCCCUACCCUCAGAGAGCCAGCCUCUCCACCAUCCUCUCUCAUGAUCUUUUCACACACCUCCAAACCCCGCCCCCAACACACACACACACACCCCUGCACCCAGACUUGAGCCCUGGGCCGAGGAUCGAUUUGCCUCUCUCCCCCUGGGCACACGUGCCUAGUCCUCCUGCCCUUCCUGCUGGCGGGAGAGGCUGCCAGGCUCCCUCCCCUUGGGGGCCCACGGGUUGGCCCUGGUGGGGGCCACGGGUUUUAUAAACAAAUGUUUCCUAAUAAAUACGACUUUUGACGUCUCC